AUGGAGGACAAACGAAACAUCCAGAUCAUCGAGUGGGAGCACCUGGACAAGAAGAAGUUCUACGUCUUCGGGGUCUGCAUGACGAUGAUGAUCCGGGUCAGCGUCUACCCGUUCACUCUCAUCAUCGGACGCGGCUCCAGGUGCAGAAGGGGAAGAGCCUCUACAACGGGACGUUUGACGCCUUUGUGAAGAUCUUGAGGUCGGAGGGGGCCUCCGGUCUGUACCGGGGCUUCCUGGUGAACACCUUCACCCUGAUCUCUGGCCAGUGUUACGUCACCACGUACGAACUGACGCGCAAGUAUUUGUCGGGCUACAGCAGUAGUAACACCGUCAAGUCUCUGGUGGCGGGAGGAUCAGCGUCUCUGGUGGCGCAAAGCAUCACCGUGCCCAUCGACGUGAUUUCUCAGCACCUUAUGAUGCAGCGGACGGGCGAGAGCAUGGGCCGAUUCCGCGUGAGCUGCGCGGGGGGAAACAGACGGUCGUGUUUGGCCAGACCAAGGACAUCAUCGUGCAGAUCUUCAAAGCGGAUGGAAUGAAGGGGUUUUAUCGGGGUUACGUGGCUUCGCUGAUGACCUACAUCCCCAACAGCGCCGUAUGGUGGCCUUUCUACCACUUCUAUGCAGAACAAUUAUCACGCCUGUCACCUAAAGACUGUCCUCACCUACUGCUUCAAGCCAUCUCGGGGCCCCUGGCAGCAGCGACAGCGUCCACCAUCACCAAUCCCAUGGAUGUCAUAAGGGCCCGAGUGCAGGUGGAGGGAAAAAGCUCAAUCAUCAACACCUUCAGGCAGCUGAUGGCGGAGGAAGGUCCCUGGGGCCUGACCAAAGGUCUUUCCGCCCGGAUCAUCUCCUCCACCCCCUCUACCAUUGUGAUAGUGGUGGGCUACGAGACACUGAAGAAACUGAGCCUCAGACCUGAGCUAGUAGAUUCAAGACACUGGUGA